AUGCUUAACCUUUUAGAUUUAGUAUUCAAUACUUUAACUACGUUGAUCCCCCUACUACAUACCGUUAAAGCACUAGACUCCUCAAUUGAGUUUCACUACCAUUCCUACCAAUUUCUCCUUAACUACUGGCUAUAUUUCAUCACCAUAAAUUACAUUACUCAGCAGAACGGCGUGUUCAACUUGCUCGGCCACGCGAUCAAAUUGUGGCUAUUUUAUGGCACCGCCAAUAACAACCUUUGCAUCUUGAAUGACGUUUUGUUCAAAGCAUCGGAGCGAAAUUGGAGAAAGUUUGAAAAAACGGCUAAUGUACUCGUGGGCAAGUUUGCUCCCAGAUUUGGAGAUUUCAAUUUACGAGUGCAUAAUUUGGGAGUUUCAUAUUGCAAGCCCGUGGAGAGCCGGUAUGAGGUUAAGCUUGAUGUGAUUUUGCUUCAAAUUGUGCAAAUUAUCAAUUUCUGGUUACCGAUGGAUGUGAAGCAGACGCUGGGGAGUCACCAAGACCACGCCACGUCGAAGCAACCACCACAACAACAACAACAGCAACAACAACAACAAAGGUAUAAAAAGUUGAAGAAGUUGAAGAAGCAAUCGUCUUUUGCUUCGCUAGCUGCUGCAGUACGAGCCGAUCCAGCAACAAAGUUUCGUUCUACGAGUAAUACCAGCAGUGGAUGCAAUAGCUUGAACAACUCACCUCCACUUUCACCAAUUGACGCUGCAAAGUUUCACAGCUUUACCAGUUCACCACCUGCAUAUACUAGCGAUUUAUCUCCAAUGGCCAAUGGCGCUGCUGCCGUGUACUCGAAAAGGAGAGCAUUUUCUGGCGGCGAUGCAAGUUUGAAUGCGUCGAUUGGCAAGUUCAGGCUGCUGAAACCAACAAACAAAGCGCAAUCACGUCCAGUUGCCCAUGGGCAUGCACUCCACCCUGUUGAUGUAGCUGCGUAUUCGAGAAUUCAUCCUUAUGGUACCCCCCUGGCUAAAGAAACGGCGGGCCAUGUUGGGAACUUUGGCGAUGCUGUCAGGGAUAAGUUUACCGUCAAGCCCAGUUCAUUGAAGAAUUUGCAAGAUGUUGAUGUCAAUGAAUUACCUGCUGUUCCUACUCCAUCUGUUUUCCUCCACUAG